AUGGCCAUUGCAAAGUCUACCAAUCUGAAAGGAUUAUUUACGAGCAAUGAACAAGAUGAAUUCAAAGACUCUUCGAGUAGUAAUACAGACACAUCAUAUGAUAUAUCUAUUUCGAAGUUUGAAACAAGUGAAGACAAAUAUGAAACACUCACCAUCGAACAAAUAACACUUUCAAAAUUGACAGUUGAAGAGACGUAUAGAGAUAAAAUAGUCAACGAAUUUUAUGAAACUGAAAUGAGUUAUGUGACUUCCAUGGAAUGUUGUAUUAGCGGGUACAUCACCAAAUUAAAUGAUACAAAAUAUGUAUCUUAUCAAGAAAAAAUGUCUCAGAUUUUCCUUCAUUUUAAUGAUGUCUUUUACAUCAAUUCGGUGCUUUUAGAUAACAUGACAAGGCUGAAGAAAAGUGGGACGUUAUCUUCGAAAUUGGGAGAAGCUCUUUCUUUAUUUAUUCCAAUGUUAAAUGUUUAUAAAUUGUAUGUUGGUAAUUCGGAUUUGUCAAUUAACACUUUAAUAGAGAUGUCAAAAAAUAAGAAGUUCAAUGACUUACUAGUCCUAUUGAGAGAACAAUUACCACCGGGAAAACAACUUGAUUUACGAAGUUUUCUUAUUAUGCCAGUACAACGUCUCCCCAGGUAUAGUUUAUUAUUAGCAGACUUGAUUAAGCACACUUCAAAAGAUCAUCCCGAUUUUGAAAACUUGUUAAAAGCCCAAAUUGGAAUCAAAAAAUUGGCUAAUACAGUGAACGAAAUUGUAGAAGAGAGAGCAAAGAACCAAAUUUUAGUGCAACUCUCGAAGAAGAUUGAAGGACUUGAGGAAGAGUUAGUCAGUCCAUUCAGAGAGUUUAUAAGGAGUGGAUUGUUAAUGAAGGUCUGUCGUAAAUUUAAUAAAGAGAGGUACUUCUACUUAUUCAAUGAUAUGUUAAUAUAUGGAAUAGGUGAUGAAAAGUAUAUGAAAGUGUCUCAAGUCUUUCCUCUUGAAACAGUUCAAAUAAAAGUCUCUGAAGUGACACAAAAUGCUUUUGAAAUACGUGGAACAAAAAGUUUCACUGUGAUUACAAAAACAAAAGAAGAGUGUGAUGGGUGGAUACACAACAUUGAAAGUGCAAUACUUAAACAAAAAAGUCGAUUAAAAACACUUAAGCGUGAGAAAGGUGAGAAUGAAACGGCACCCGUCUGGGUGCAAAAUACAAAUCAGUGUCAAAUUUGUUCGACAAAGUUUUCUGCUUUGAGUCGCCAACAUCAUUGCCGGAAGUGUGGAAGUUGUGUAUGUUCAAAUUGUAGUCCAGACACACUUGUGAUUAAAGGAAAGAAAGAAAGAGUGUGUAUUUAUUGUAAGUUAGAAGAAACCAAGAAAACCAGUCUUGAUAUAUUAAAAGUCAAAGAACAAUCUCCACCACCUAAAGUACCACAAAAGUCACCUAAAUUACAAGUGUUAAUGAAAGAAAAUGUAAAGGAUACCAAAAUUAGGUUCAUAUCUCAUUCGGCUAAUAAUUCAGAAGGGGACAAACCUCAUGGAUUUUAUGGUCUGACUGCACCAGAAACAACACCAGGAAGAACAAUCAAGAAAUAUUUAUCAGGUGAAAAUUACAAGAAAAGAGCAACAUAUGCACCCGGUGAAGCUAUUCCUAUACAAAUACCUAAAGUCAGACCUUUAACUUCUGAAUACUCAAACUCACUCCCUUCAACACCAAAAGAAGUCGUUUAUACCCCUUCACUGACUCCAAGAUUGGUACAUGGUAAACCUGCACCUCCUCGAAACAAAAAAUUGCUUCAGCCUGAAUGA